AUGGUGAAGCCAAAAAGAACUAUUGAUUGUUUUUUUCAAAAAAAUGAUGUGCCUUCCGUGACUUCCGCCUCUAAUGUCGAUGUUUCGAUUCAUGAUAACCAGCAUCCUUCAAAAUCUCUAAGAGUUGAACAUACAAAAGUUGAUCCUACCUUUUUAGAACGUGAUCCGGGAUUACGUUGUCAAAUAUGGGAUUAUCCUGUUGACGAACGUGAUGAAGUUCGACGAGCUUAUAUCAAAGCGAAACCAUAUCAAAUUGUGCUUUCAGUAUAUCCGCUUUCUGGAUCGGAAAAGCAUCGUCGUCGAUUUCAAUUAUCUUGGUUUAAAUUAUUUCCUACCUGGUUAGAGUAUUCUCCUUCAAAGGAUGCUGCAUAUUGCUUACCUUGCUUUCUUUUUGGAGUGAAACCAACGGGGCGUCCUGGAACCAAUGCAUUUACUAGUGAAGGAUUUCGAAGUUGGAAGAAAGUUAAUGAUGGCAAUAGGUGUGCUUUCUUAAAUCAUGUGGGAGGAAGUCCAUGUUCUGCUCAUAGCAUUGCUGAGAGAGCAUGUAAGGACUUAAUGAGUCAACCUUAUCAUAUUGAUACAAUAAUGGUUAGACAAACUUCCGAACAAGUUUCAAAUAAUCGAUUGAGAUUAAAGGUCACAAUUGAUGCGGUCCGAUGGCUUACUUAUCAAGCUUGUGCUUUUAGAGGGCAUGAUGAAUCCCUUCAAUCAAGUAAUCGAGGCAAUUUCAUUGAAAUGGUAAAGGCUUUUGCGUCAUAUAAUGAUGAUGUCGCUAGAAUUGUUCUUGAAAAUGCUCCAAAAAAUGCCAAGUAUACCUCGCCACAAAUUCAAAAGGAGAUUUUGCAUAUUGUUUCUAGAAAAGUGAGAAGUAUUCUUGUUGAUGAAGCUCGUGAUGAAUCUAAAAGAGAGCAAAUGGCUCUCGUUUUAAGAUACGUUGAUAAGGAUGGUUUUUUACAAGAACGUUUUUUUGAUCUUGUGCAUGUCAAAGAUACAACUUCAUUGAAUUUAAAAAAAGAUCUUUGUGCGGUUCUUUCUCACUAUAAUCUUGAUAUUCACAAUCUCCGAGGUCAAGGUUAUGAUGGUACUAGCAAUAUGCGUGGUGAAUGGAAUGAUCUUGAUGAACUUGAAACCGGUCGAGGAGCUAAUCAAAUUGGUAACUUGCAACGACCUGGAGAUACUCGUUGGAGCUCCCAUUUUGAUUCUGUUUGUAGUUUGAUAAGGUUAUUUGGUCCAACAUGUUCAGUUCUUAACAACCUUGUUGAAGAUGGAUGUAAUUACAAGAUCCAGGGAGAUACUGAUACUGCUUUUAAUACUCUUAGAUCAUUUUAG